CGAAUAGUGUCUUUGAGCCUUGGCGCGUAUUCAGAGCACUGCGAUCGCAAUGCCAAGACAAGAUCGAAAAGCCGACGGUCUGAUAACGUUGAAUCUAACAGCCAGCCCCGAGAAUGGGUACGAUGAAGCGGAGGAAGGCAAGCUUGAUUUCGAGACCGACACCAUAAGCGAGGAGGUAGAUAUAGUAAAACGGCAGACUUGGAGCAACAAAGCCGAAUACAUUCUCGCUACUAUCGGGUUCGCGGUUGGAUUUGGAAAUUUAUGGAGAUUUCCGUAUUUGUGUCAGAAAAAUGGAGGAGGUGCGUUUCUUAUUCCAUACUUUAUCAGCCUGAUCCUUCUCGGCAUUCCUCUCUUCUUCCUGGAACUUGCCAUCGGCCAAAGCCUCCGUCAGGGUCCCAUCGGUGUGUGGAAAGCUAUUCACCCCUACCUGGGCGGUGUGGGGCUUGCUUCAGUGGUCGUAUGCCUUCUGAUCUCCAUGUACUACAACAUGAUCAUUGCCUGGUGUUUUUAUUAUCUAUUUGUGUCGUUUCAAGCCCCCCUCCCCUACUCUACCUGCCCCAGCGGCGUGAACUGCACAGUAAAUGAGGAGUGCAAACUGGCCGGUCGAACACAAUAUUUCUGGUACACUAAAGCCCUCGGUGCGACAACCUCCAUCGAGGAUAUGGGUGAUUUCCAGUGGCAUCUGUGCCUUGUGCUAUUAUUGGCAUGGAUUGUUCUGUUUUUGUUUGUUAGCCGUGGUGUCCAGUCUGCUGGAAAGGCGUUGUAUGUCACUGCCACCUUACCAUAUAUCGUGCUGGCCAUCUUCUUUGGAAGAGCUGUUACUCUGAAGGGAUCAUUAGAUGGAAUCAUACACAUGUUCAAACCUCAGUUCUCUAGAUUGCUGUCCCCUUUAGUAUGGCUCGAGGCUGCAACUCAAGUGUUUUUUUCUGUGGGUGUCGGUUUUGGGACCCUCAUCGCUAUGGCGAGUUACAACCCAAGACACAACAACUGUCGGCGAGACGCCAUUUUUAUAUCUUUGACUGAUAGUUUCACGUCAGUCUUUGCGACCGUUGUAGUUUUCUCCGUCCUCGGCUUCAAGGCACAUGGAUCAUACGACGAAUGUUUGAGUCUAUACGGUGGUGCAAAUAACACCAACCUUCCGCACGGAGUAACAAUUCAGCAAAAAUGCCAUAACCUAACAUAUUGGCUUUCUGAGUCGUUCCAAGGUCCUGGCCUGACUUUCAUAGCUUUCACUGAAGCCAUCCUGAAGCUUCCGUUAUCCCCACUAUGGUCUGUUCUGUUCUUUUCCAUGUUGCUGUCUCUCGGCCUCGGCAGUAUGUUCGGUAUACUGGAGGGUGUGCUUAAUUCACUGCACGACCAGAAGUUGAUUCCGCUGCGAAAGGAAUUACUGACAGGUCUAACGUGUUUUGUGUGUCUGGUCGUUGGACUGCUGUUCUGUCAGACCUCUGGGGAGUACUGGCUGCAGAUGUUUGACAGCUUUACAGGAACACUACCGCUUCUGUUCAUCUGCUUCUUUGAACUUGUUGGUGUUUCAUGGAUCUACGGCGCCAACAGGUUUUACGACGACAUCGAGUACAUGCUGCGCAUGCGACCUGGCUUGUACUGGAAAAUAACCUGGAGAUUUGUGUCCCCUUUGAUAGUAUUUGUCAUCUUUGUGUGGAGUGUGUUGAACCUUGGACUGAAACCGAUUACAUAUUCGGUGUGGAACAGCAAGGAGGGCGACGUUAAGAGUGUAGAGUAUCCUAAUUGGUGUCUCUUUAUCAUUGCGGUUCUCAUCUGCGCUUCUUGUCUCUGUAUACCCGCGGUGUUUUUUCUAAGAUUAUAUCAAAGUGUGAUCUCAAGGAGAAGGAGAGAUACAGAGAUUGUCCGUGACUUGCUUGAAACGUCUGCAAAGAAACCGCCCGAGAAGAACACAGAAUGACUUGCUUCUUCAGAUCUUAGAUCGAGACUCCAGCUUUAAACAUAGAAUAGAACCGUGUCAGAUCAUCGGUCUGCGAGUAUCAUGCGGUGCAAAUUAAACUCGAUAGAUGCGCGCCAAAUGCACUAUUCUUGUGAGGUUUCGCUUUCAAAUUAUGCUUAAUUAAGAGACCACUCCUAUUCGGAGGCCUCAGCCGUUUCGGAUUACGACAGCGAUAUAGAAAAGAGAGCCAACAAAUUAAGAAUGAAAUGCACUCAGUCGUCACAAUAUCCAUUUCUUUGCCAAACAUAUACGUAAUCACUCAAGCCGCCUGACCUUCUAACCAAAUUACCCAUGUACACUUUGUUUGGCGAGCUAGGUGUCUCAGAAUUUGAAACAAUAAAUAUAUGACCCAUACCGGGCGCUUUUCUAUAGAACGGCGGGAGAGCCACAGUUAAGAAGAAACCGUCUCCUCUUCUGCCAAAUUCAGUUAAACCUUCCUUGCAACCGUACCCGACUUACACACCUUUCAUCCAUUUCUAAAGGAGCACGAUUGGUGAAACCAAACAAUUCAUCCUAACAAAGCCUAAGGUACAACGUCACUAGACGAUCUCCACGUUGCGCAAAAUAUAAAUAUUUAUGUGUAAAACUAAAAGAUACAGGUAUCACCUCUUGGUCGAAAAUAUAACAAGAAAUUAAAUUCUCGGAAAGUGUGACGGAUAUGAUGCCCACGUGUUAUUUACUUGAUAUUUAAAGCGACAGAAAGUGAAAGAGCUCUUGUGAACGCAUCAUAUUUUUCUACACUUUACUGGUUUCGAACUAAGUAACAAAAUCUGACGGGUCAGACUGAUCGAGAGCGGCAGUUACUUAGUUCUUUUCAGAAAAAUUCAUGGACUACCUCUUCAUAUAAGUCAAACUUUAACUUACGAGGCACAAUCUUUCAAGUUUGAUCCCGGUGGGGUUUUCAAAUACGGUAGCUUUAGGCCGUUAUAGGAGAUCUAGAUCGCCAUCCUAUAUCAAAAAAGACAUCAAAACAUCAACAUGGGGAAUAGUAGUGGGGUUACAUCUCGGAAACAGAGCCAGACAUUUCGGUUUCAUAUGACGUGCCUCGAAAUAGAAUACAACAAAAACUGACAUAACUUUAGGUAAAAGAAGGGGUAGGUCGAUAAGUUUAUUUUGUUAUCGUAGUUCAAUUUUU